UUGGAUAAUAGCAAAGAAUUUGUUAUACAAAUUAUUAAAGAAUUAAUCGUGCUAUGGCUAUUAGUAAAAAUUAUUAAUGGAUAUACUCAGCAUCUCCAAUCACAAGGUCUUGUCGAAUGGGCUAAUA